ACAGUCGCAAGCGCGAUCAUUCCGCGUCGUCUAUCCCUUCGUUCGUGCGAGAGCUCCGCGGUUUUUAAAAACUACGAUCGGCCGUAAAGACAGAACGAACGAAUCGAGUGAUUCGAUAAAAGUGUACGACGAACGAUGAACGACUCUGGACCGUGAGAUGAAUUUAAGCAGAUUACAAGGAUUUGGCUUGACCGACUUUACCACGAUGAUAAUUCGUCGUUUGAACUUAUCGGUCGAACGUUCUUGAUUUCCAUCACUUGCAACAUCGUGACUUCGAGUCUCUCCUGUGCUCGGUGAUUUUCUCGUAAAUAGGAUGCUGCUACACGUAAACGGAAUUUUCCGACAGUUGUCAAAGUGUGCACCAAGAAACGUAUCUAUCGCAAUAUGUGUGUCGUCACGAGUGACCGUGACAUUAAUUUGCGAAACAAGACGACCACACAAAUUUCAAAAGUAGCCAGAUGCGAUGGCGCCUCGGUCGUAGGCCGCUCAAGCUGAUCUCGUUGUGUAAUAGUGUCAUAAAUAAAAGGACCCCGUUAUUACGCUAUUAUUAGUAUCAGGUGACAGUGGAUAGUUUUGUUCGGUAAGAGAUCGCGACGAUACCGUAAAUGAUCACGAACAUGCUCGUCGACGGUGACUCGCGAGAAGGAGAAUUCGCUCGUCGUUGACUGACUGAUUAAUUUGCGAACCAAGUUCUGUAUAUUGUUCGCAAACGCGUUCGGGAACGAUAGAACGGUGUAAGGGGAGUUGGUGGUGGGUCGUAAACUUAUUUACCGCAAUCGUAGUAUCGACCGCGAGCCGUAGAUACGGUGCUCUAUGUUAUAAAUGGACUUUGCGCACGUGUACAUUUUUUUCCUGGCCUCGGCUGUUUACUCGAACGUGGCAACAACCGCACAAACGGAUUGUUGUUUGUUUCCCGAUUAAGAACGACAUAACAGAUUGUUACGCGAGCACUAUCUUUCCUUGCUUGCGGAUUUAUAUGUAUGUAUAUAAAGGAACGUACGAUACACGCAGGACGAUUAGGCGUUCGAUAAACGAUAUAUUUUCGUCUAAAAGUGAUAUUAACGGAUGUUCGUGGUCGAGUAUCGGUAUUGGUUCUUUCUUUUCGCAUCCAACAGCGACGAUAAGCGAGAUAACACGCGGUGGAAUGUUAUAAUUUCAGCGGUCUAACGAUGCUCUUACCGGGAUACCAAGUGGCGCUUGCAACUCGUGUCGCGGUUAAUCGUGUCGUCGAUCGUUCUACUGUUAUCCCGAAUGUAAAGAAGCGAAUCGGUUGCAACAAACCAAGUAUGUAUUUGCCGUGUACUGUUGGAGGUAACCUCGUUCUCCGCCGGCCCAGAUAAAGACGGUCUCGCUUCGGGAAUCGAAAUACGGUCAGACGAUUUGCAGACGUUAUACGUAUAUUUCUGGCGUGGUUGUUCCCUGCUCGUUUACGUGCACCUUAUCGGUGGAUCGCGUGGCCCAAGUGCGAGCUCUCCGCUUCGGGGAUUAAUUAAGAAUCGUGAUUUCUGAAAUUCCAUAACUAUAAUCGGCGCCCUCGUCGACAGGUCGAGCGAAACAUUGCCUGAUGAAUGAGGUUCGAAGAUCGACCGACUCCCAGCCACCAAUGAUUCACGCAGCCUACGCGAUUUACUAUAUUGCUCGUGUGGCGAACCAGGCGCUUACCGUUUCGCCACAGCCGGCAGUAACGGUGGAGGGGCCGGUGUCCAAAAUGUCUCCACCAACGAACGACGUGACCAAUGGCGUGGUAGCGCCACCCAACACCUUGGCGCCCCGGGUUUCGCCGACCACGAACCCGGCCCUUACCACCAUCAACCCGCCAACGCACAAGCGGACUCCCAAGGACUUCAUCUUUGGCAAGGCGAUCGGCGAGGGAAGCUUCUCCACCGUUUACCUCGCCAAAGAUAUCCAUACUGGGAAGGAGUACGCGAUAAAAGUGUGUGAUAAGCGUCACAUCAUCAAGGAGAAGAAAACGGAGUACGUGAAGCGGGAGAAGGAGGUGCUAAACAUGCUCGCGGGCGCGAAACACUCGUUCGUGCGCCUGUUUUGCACCUUCCAAGACGUCGAAAGACUCUAUUUCGUUCUAUCGUACGCGAAAAACGGUGAGCUCCUGCCGUAUAUCAACAAGGUGGGCUCGUUCGACAUCGAGUGUACCAAGUUCUACUCGGCGGAGAUCCUUCGCGCUCUCGAGUACCUUCACGGGCUCGGCAUCAUCCAUCGCGAUCUCAAGCCGGAGAAUAUAUUGUUGGACGAGAAGAUGCACGUGCUCAUCACCGACUUUGGUAGCGCGAAGAUUCUCAAGGACCCGGAGACAGUGGUAACGCACCCCGCAACGGACGAUUCGCAGCAGCAGCAACAGCAGCAGCAGCAACAACCGUACCGAAGAGAACGCAGGGGUUCGUUCGUUGGUACCGCCCAAUACGUAUCUCCGGAGCUCUUAACCGACAAGACGAGCAGAGCCUCCGAUCUCUGGGCCCUCGGCUGUAUAAUCUACCAGAUGGUCGCUGGUCUGCCACCGUUCCGCUCUAGGAGCGAGUACAUGAUAUUCCAAAAGAUCCUGAAACUCGAGUACGAAAUCCCUGACGGAUUCUGCGAGCUGGCGAGAUCCCUCGUCAGUCAGCUGUUGGUGCUCGAGCCAUCGCAGAGAUUGGGUGCCCAGGACGAACAUGGUGCCGGAUAUCCCAGCAUCAGGGCGCAUCCGUUCUUCGAGGGUGUCGACUUUGAAACCCUCCACGAGCAGACACCACCGCCGAUCUAUCCCUACCUACCCGGUACCUCUGAGAACGAGGAGCUUAGGUCGCAGUACAGGGUUCCCGAUCAUCUGGAACCCGGCCUCGACGACAAACAGCUCACGAGGCUUCUUGGUCUGGGCAUUGGCGAAGACGAUGACGACGACGACGAUGAAGAUACCACCACCGAGCGCGAGAAACCCGCGCAACCCAGUACGGUCGUCGAGAAACCGAGAAGAACGAGGACCACUGCUGACGGUAGUAACAUCGCCGAUCUAACGCCGGAGGAGAUCAGAAACCGGCUAGAGAAGCAACGUGCCUCGAACCAGUGGGACUGCUUCGUCGAGGGCAACCUGAUACUGAAGCAGGGCUUCGUCAACAAGAGGAAAGGUCUCUUUGCUAGACGAAGGAUGCUCCUGCUCACUACCGGACCACACCUAUAUUACGUCGAUUCUGUAAACAUGGUGCUGAAGGGCGAGAUACCCUGGAGUCCGGAACUUAGGGUCGAGCCGAAGAGCUUCAAGAUCUUCUUCGUCCACACGCCAAACAGAACGUACUAUCUCGAAGAUCCCGAAGGAUUCGCAUUGGAGUGGUGUAGAGCGAUCGAGAAUAUGCGAGUCCAUUACUACGGCCUGCAGGAGUCCACCGCUUAAACAAAAGACUGAUGAACAUAGAUCGUUUCGGAUGGAACAGAGCAAAUGAACGUUUCACCGAUUACGGUAAUAACAAUGUCCGCGAGGUGCGAUCAUCGAUGUAUUAUUAAUUUGUUUAUGGCCAGAGGGGGCGUUUAUUUAGAUCGUUUGUUAGCGUGUAACUUGGCAUUAGGAGAGGUACAUUCUAGAAUAGGUUAGCGUUUUUCUAACGCGUUCAAAGCACUGUGUACAGAUUAGGAAAAUUUUCUAGAUAAAAAUACAAAAUGUUUAGAUAAUAGUAGACUUCUGUUGAAAUACAGAGGAAUGAAGAGAUAUACAAAAGGCACAAAAAGUGUUAUCGAAAUCGUGCGAUUGCCGGUUUUUUCACUAGUUACGUUUUGUUAUUUAUUAUCGAACUCGCGGAACCUUGAAAAAGCUGCACGACGUUCCUCGCACGUGAACACACAAGGAAUAGCGAAAUUUUUAGCCAAGGUUUUAACUGUGUGUAUUCACAAUGUUAAGCGCUGCCUGUGACAUAACGUUCGUGAUCGAGGUCGCCUGGCUGCCCACUACUUUCAUUACGGGGAAAGGAAAAUAAAGUCGUUCAUCCGCGCGAAUUUUGUUAUUUAUAAUUCGUGACACGUAAUCGGGACAUCACAAUCAAAAUUUUAUCGUGUUAAAUCGACGCUUCGUAACUCUUUGGGAGAAGAAACGAGAAACUGUAGUACCUGGUUGACGAAGAAAGGAACAAAAAGAGUUAUACUAACUAACGUUAGACCAACGUAAACGGAAGCCAGGCGUAUGUCGAUUACUCGCGUUUAAAGCAGUGGCAGUAUGUAGCAAUUUUGUUCCAAAUAUAGCCAAAAUUACAUAGAAAAAUACAGACGAGUUCUUUUAGAAGUUAAAACGACGGCGGAGUGACAAUGUGUGAUUCGUAUGAUAGUUUUGUGUUCGCUGUCGAUUUUACGAAUCUAGGACAUCAAUUUAUAUAGUCGAAGUUAACCAAAAAAAGAUAAAAAAAUGCAGUGGGGGACAACAUUGCCGCUUUGCAGCUUUAAUAAAUAGUUUACGUUGCCUGAAAGGGAUUUGCGGAAUGUUGCGCGUUAUUCCGUUGGAUCCCUUGCUCUCUUCAUAUUACAGUAUUCUUCUCGUUGUUCGUUACCCCUUUUCCUCCUCGGUACGUUGUAAAUAUUAGCGCGAUGUCACGAAGAGCAGGCUUCGUAAAGCAUAUACUAAUUCUAUACAUAGUUCUAUAUAUUUGUAAGUACAAAAAUCGUUGUCCAACCACGGCGUUUUUACGUUCGUUUCUUAGUCCGAUUUUCUUCGUCUCCGAUCUGGCCCUCGCGGACGCGAUCGAACAAUGUGUAUAGCCGGGAACUAGAAAAACAUUGUUUAGCUCUUAAUUGGAAGUAAUGUUUAGUAGUUUAAAAGAAAAAGAUGCAAGAAGAGAAGAAGAUUAGCGUUUGUUGUACAAAGAGAAGCGGUGGAGAUGGGAAGAGUGUUCUUUUUGUUCUUUUCCCGUGAAAGACUUGGCACUUGAACACUAUAAAUUAAGUAGUUAGGAAAUAGAAUCCUUUAAAAAGGGUAGCUUUAAGAGAAGUAGUAUCCCGUUUAGAUUUGCGAGAAUCACACACACAAACACAUACACUACUACACUCGUUGCGUUCAAGCUAUCGUCGUUGUCGUUCUUACUACUAUUCUAAGUUUCUAAUAUUUAGUAACAUAGUUAACAAUAUUAAUUAAUUAUUUCAUCGUAUUACCAACGUAUAAGUAUUUUUCUCCCCUCGUAACUGUCGACGUAUUUAAUUGAACGAUUUUGUUUUUUCAUUUUUUUUUCUCACGCGCGAUCUUUUCUUAAUUUAUUAUUCGCCGUAAUUGUCCUACGUUUAUUUAUUUUUUAUAGUUUACGUUUCCGCGUUAGUAAGGAUCACACGCUUCGUUUACGUGUAGGCGUUCACAUACAGACUUAGUACUAGUACCGCUACUACCACUGCGACUAUUAUUAUUAGUGCUAUUACUACUAUUACUAUUACUAUACCUAUUACUAUCCCUAUCAUAGCGUCGUUGUUGCAUACGUAGAUACACGCAUACGAAUGCGUGCUCGUCGCGUGUAUAUACGCAUGCACGUGCUUAUAAUACGUUCUGUAACUUAUAUUAUUACUCUCUAUCCUCUUUAGGCGUAAUUUUAGGUAUUUUGUAAAUAAUACUGCCACGUUUAUCGCGUCGACUUGCCGAAACGCUAUUCCUCGACUUUGUGGCGCUAUCGAGUCAUGGCCGGACUGUGUACGAUACAGCUGUAUAUUAUCUAUACAUAAAUAUUCUAUAUAUACAUAUAUAAUUAUAUAUAUAAAAAGGUAUAUAUAUAUACACACAUAGACGCGUAAAAUUAUAUAAAAUAUUUAUGAAUUGUGAAUAGUAGUUAGGAAAAUCGUGUAUAAACGUUCGUUUGUAGAUUUUAGGCCGAAUACGCGCUUAGGUUUAAUACUUUGUUGACGUUACCUUUGCCACGACUUGAUUGCGCCGUUUCAUUACACGUUGUACUAUAAACGCAUGAUAAUCCCCACGUUCUCCUCGCGAUAUUUAGGGAGACUUAAACAGGGUAUUCGGAGAAGUAUUCGAUGGAGGGUGGUUCGGUCGUCGUGCCUGCGACGCCGCGUGAGUACGCUCGAAAAAAUGGUGAUUCGUUUAUGGAUCAACAUUGUCCUCGUGCCCAGUGGCUUUUCAAAAUGACCGCUUUUGGCUUGCCACGUACGGUGCUUGCGGGUUAAAACGGGGCGCAUAGGCUCGACGAUCGUCCACCCUCGUCGUUUCUUUCUCUUCAACUAGUGAGAAUCGAUCGCGAGGAGGAGGUAUUCGAUGAUUGUUGCCGCUGACACCCCCGCCCCCUCCCCGUCCUAAUCCUUAUACUCUUCGUACUCCGCAGAAUAGCGUUUCGGUAGCGUUAGGUAAAAUGAAGCACCAACACACGCAGUCUUUCUGUCAAAACGAAGCACGUGUCGAGGACAUUCUCAAAAUUUAAAAAGCAUGCGAAAUGUUGCUUUAACAAAGACGACGCGGCGACGCUGUUUCACGGCCGAGUCCGAUAUUAUAGUUCCUCGUUGCCUCGACCAGCUGCUUCCUUUCCGAAGAAAGAAUGCGUUCACUACCCUGUCAUCAACCCGGAGAAUCGUUUUAAUCAUGGGUCGUUGAUACGGAGUGCGACACCGGCGUUUCCAUUGUUGUAAACUUUGUAGGUUCUACGUUUUAUGUAGACGUUGCAAACUUUCUGAUGGAAAUGCGUAAAUUUUUCCUAAGCGCUGGCUCCUGUCGAGGGGAAGGAUGGUCGCUUAUUAAAUAGUUUUCCGUCGGUUUUGGAGACUGGUCUUGAGAUUCCUAACCCCAAAGGGCGACGCUUACCUCCUUUUUUAUUAUAGUUCACUUGCUCUAACUGAACUUAAAGAAAAUUUCUAGUGUAUUUGUUGAGUGUCAUUCGACGCAAAAGAUCUAGCUAAUUUAAUUUAUACGCUCGCGAGAGGGAAGAACGAAUACUUAAAAAGAUCAAGCAAGAAUAUGUGUAUGUAAGAAAAGAAAACAUUCGAAUGCACUAAUGUAAACUACGCAAGCAAUAACAACAAGGCCUUGCGAUUAUUCAAAUGCCUACCGUUUCGGCGUAACAAGGACGGUUCAACUAUUAAUUGCAGUAUUAUUAAAUGUAUGCAGACUAAAGUACACUUACACGCGUACACCUACACAUCGGUUUACUUAUACACAUUAAAUACUUCACAUUGGAUAAGAAGACUCUGUAAAUAGUUAGUAUGUAAUUGAUAUUAUAGGUGAUACAACCUAUUAAUAUUAACAUCAAAUUUAUUUAUAGUAAAUUUUCCGAAAUAUCGCA